AUGAAAUUGAUUUAUUCACAGUUGGUGGUGGGAAUAGGCAGUUGGGAGUUGUUAGUUGUGGAAAUGGGUGGGGGUGUGGAUGGAAUGGCUUGGGNGGCUUGGUGGCUGGAAGAGACUUACCGAGGGCCCGAAGGCAUCGAGAAUCGACGAGCGUACGUGGUCUGUAACGUUGAGCAUCCGAACGUGGACAAUUGGCUGAGGACGCCGAGGAUCGAUAGGAAUGGGGCGAAUAGGAUGCAUGUGGAGUGUUUGACGCGAGCGUGCACGCGCACGCGUGUUCAGGCAAAUUCAGGCAAGUGUGAGCACGCACGCACGCGAGUGUGGGCGGGCGAGUGGGCGGCUGCGAGCGUGCGGCGUGCGUGCGCUGCUAAAGUAAAGAAGAAGUGCCUUUACUAUUAUAAUUGUUGUUAA